AUGUGCUUUGUUUCCACUGAAAAUGACGUUCUCAUUCUUCACAGGAGUCGAUCAGUUGAUGGCGAUUGCGUUCCAUGUCAAUUCAAGAAUUUAGAGCUGAAGCCGAAUGCGAGUCGAAUGAUCUGGAAGAAUAUCAAUGAUAAAUUACGAUCAAGUCGAGUCAGUCAGCGUGAGCUCUUCGAAUUAUCUGAAAUAGAGCAAACCAGUAGUUUCGAACGUAAAAUUGCUUAUUUUAUUCGUCUCCAUUUGCGAGAUAUCCUAACAACUGAUCAUCGCCAUGUAUGGUUCAAUAUCCAAACAAAAUCGAUCGAUGAAAUCGAGGAUCGUAGUCAAAUAUUUAAGAUAACACCCGAUGAAAUAAAUGUAGUUUACAGUCUUGGUUCCCUACUAUCCCAUGAUACGUUCAUUGGUCAUUUUAACGAUCGAUCGCUUGCUCGUAUUCAAGUUAUGAAAUUUCCAAAAGCAAUUAUGCUGGAUACAGCAACACACCGCUUGACAGUACCAAUAAAGGAUAUUCAUCCACAGGUGUUAAUCAAUCAUAAAACUAAUGAUAACUCGAUACAAAUUAUUUUCAUGCUGAAAGCAGCGCCAAUUAUUGAAGAAAAGAGAGAUGUAUAUUGUGAAAACAAACGAUUAGUGACUGAAGUGCCUAAGUGCAGUGAUUUACUCGUACGAUUUUUUCCUGCCAGCACGGCGUGGGUGUUUUUACGUGAGUUACCCAUCGCUGGCUAUUCUCGAAGAUCAACUGAUAACGUACUUCAUAUUAAUUUCGCUCUUUUCGAUUGGAGAGUAGUUUCGAAUGAUCAUUCGCUGAUGGGGAGGCCAUCGUGUAGUUCACCGCUUGAUUCGUAUGCCAUGGAAAUGCUUUGGUCCUUAGAUUAUCUCUUCCAAGAUAAGUAUAAUGAGGAUUCACAAUUUCUGCAUGCUGUUCGUCAAAGGAAUACGUAUAAUCUAUGUUGUGUGAUCUGGAAAAGAUUAAAAGAGGAUCAUUGCUAUCGUCUUCGUGACGCGUUAGUAAAUCAGACCUUGAGAGAAUCGCAUGUGGACUCCGAGGAUUCUUCGCAAUCGGCGAAUGUUGCAUAUGCCAUCGUCACACCAAGCCGUAUUGAAUACCAACCAUUGCAAACAAACGUACGUCACCGAGCAUUACAGAUAUAUCCUGCCGAAAAUUGGUUACUCGUUCACAUGCGAGAUAUUAAUGGAAUCGACAAAAUUCAUGAACUAGAUCUUCAAACUCGAGUGCGUUUUAGAAAUUUAAUGAUCAAGGGUAUUCAGCGCGACAAUGGUUAUUAUCGGUAUUUUGGCUCGUCGAAUAGUCAAAUGAAAGAACAAGCCGGAUGGUUCUUAUUACUUCCUCCGAAUGAAAACAUGGACCAAGCACGUGAGAAGAUUGGCAAAGUAUCUAAAAUUCGUAGCGUAUCGACCUAUAUUGCAAGAGUUGGUCUAUAUUUAACUACAUCCAGAUCAGCUGGGAUCAAACUAACGUAUAAGGGUGAAGCAACAAACUCCAGUGGUGAGCCGCAUUUAAAAAGAAAAUCAUCUCUGUUCUCUUCGAUCACACGACUGUUUAGAAGAUCCAAGAAAUCAGAGCCUGAGUAUAUGGCCAUCCAGAUUCCCGAUGUGAAAAGGAAUGGAUAUACUUUUACCGAUGGUUGUGGAAAAAUUUCCCUUGAUCUUGCCAGAAAGGUCGCCCAAAACAUUGGUAUUCCAAUAAAAGACGGCAUGGAUAUACCCUCAGCUUUCCAAGUGCGAAUUGCUGGAUACAAAGGGAUGCUCUCAAUAGAUCCCGAAUCUAGGUCGAACGAAUUUUACAUUCUUGUCCGAGAAAGCAUGAAGAAAUUCGAUAGCGACGAUUGGACUCUGCAUAUUGUUGAUCAUUCUCGUCCCAUGCCUUUGAGUUUGAAUAACCAAGUUAUUCGGUUAUUGAGCGAUUUGGGUGUUCAGAAUGGCGUUUUUGAAUCGAUUCAAACCCGGUGUAUCGAUCGAAAAGAGUUUUGGCACCCGCCACCGCGAUGCUAUUUGAAUGCAAUGGAUUCGCUUGAUCAAGCACUUAUUAACGAAAGGAGAUUGAAAUACAGAAAUGCGAAACAUUUUCUUCGUAAAAAUAAAAUCCCAUUGCCAAUAAAUGAGGCUCGCAAUCUCUUUGGGAUUGCUGAUGAAACACAGACAUUAAAACCUGGAGAAUGUUUUAUUCAGUACCGUCACCUUCGAAGUUCAUCAAGUUCCAAAGAAUAUUGCAUAUAUGAAGGACCGGUCAUAGUGACCAAGCAUCCAUGUCUUCACCCGGGAGACAUUCGCCUACUUCGAGCGGUUCGUGUAGACAAGCUUGAAUCGUGUGCACAUGAUUGCAUUAUAUUCUCUGUCCAAGGUCAUCGACCUAGUUUUCAUGAAAUGGCUGGCUCGGAUCUCGAUGGUGAUCAAUAUUGGGUUUAUUGGGGCUACGAGCUCCAACUUGAAAAUAUCGUUCCAUCAUUAUUAUACCCACCUGCAGAGAAAAAAUCAGACAAACAAGUAACCAACGAACGAGUAGUGGAUUAUGUACUUGAUACAUUCACUGACAGUUUCGUUGGUACCAUUGCUAAUGUGCACAAAGCCAUUGCUGACAAACAUCCCCGAGGUACAUUGUCGAAAGAAUGCUCAGAAUGUGCCGAGCUCUUUGCACGUGCAAUCGAUGCGCGUAAAACAGGUGAAAGCAUUUCAAUGGUUCGCAUUGAUGAGCUGAAAAAACAGUAUUAUCAAAGUUGUCCUCGAUGGAUGAUGAAGUUCGAUAAACCAGAAAUGGAUCCGCCAAGUAAUUCAAUUAACGAGAUUCUUUACCGAAAAGCAGAAGAUGCUUUGCUUCAUAAUGAAAAUUUUCAAGAUAUUUUACGACCUCUACAAGGGGUCGAGUUGCCUGCAGAACCAAUUACAAUUGAUAUAGACGAUACAGCUCUCACUGUCGAAAAUGAAAUCUCAAGUAACCAAAUUUAUAUGCGUUGUUGUUAUUGCAUAUUCAUCAUGCUAGUUAUUGCUGCAGUGAUUUAUUGUUUCAAAAGAUUCAAAAUUUUGGGCAUCUUCUCCUAA